ACAAAUUCUUCGCGGAACGGCGAAGUAACCGUGGACAACACUCCGUGCCGAUACCCACAAGCGGCGGGUCCGUGGAAUGAUGAGGCGCUCUGGCCUCAUUCUCUUGCUGCUUCGCAUUUUGCCACGUCUGCCACCAGGUGAAUUUUUGGAGGUGAACAUCAACCCCACAGAACAUAAUUCUCGGAGUUAAAGAAACGUUCUAAAGUCGUUGGCCCCGUAGUACCAAAGCCUUCAAGCGUACGUGUUGCGUCACUGCGUCACCGUCCGCACUGCGCUUUGCCUGCGAGACCCAAAUCUUGGGAGGCCUCAGGACUGAACCAGGAAUGAAGUUGUGCAGUUUGGAGCCUGCGAAGUUGCCCAUAGAGGAGGGGAACGGCGUUUGCCUACCAUGGUUAAGGAUGAAAGCUUAUGGGAUCUAGGGCCCGACUGUAAAAAAGUUCAUAAAAAUCUCCCUUUAGAAAAAGAGGCAAGUCGGGCUUGGAUCAGGGUUUACGAGGAGAGAGUUGUGUACCAGUGUGGAAGCACUGACAGCCCGACCGCAGCGGUUAUGCUUUAUAUAGUUCAAGGACUGGGGAGUGAGGGAUGGAGCGAAGGUGGUAGGAUGCCGAAUGAAUAUGAAAUCUUUUUAGCCGGGUGGCUUUUGACAUAAAUGGAAGCAUGCCAAGGAGGCACGCUCACUCACCUCUACAUCACACUGUGCCAUCAUAAGGUAAUGCGUGAUCAGGCGCAGUGUGCUGUCCAGGCGUGACGAAGCUGAUGAACCAACGGCGAUUCGUCUCAUGGCCAAGAUCAAUUAAUGGUACCACAGUACAAGUUACUACUCGCGCGCGCGCAGGCUCACAGACAUUUCAGGACACUGGUUUCAAUUUGCCGUGUUUCUUGUCGUAGGGCGUCGCAUCCGUUUGCAGUAGUACUGGCCGUGCCAUGGGCUCUGGAUGGGCGUCGAAGCAACCACUGUUGUUGUUAGCUCCCACUUCUUUUAUCGUCAUGCUCAGCCGCUCGAAUCCAAUGUGUCUUAUUUUGUCUGAGCGAACCGAAAAGAGCGGAUCACAACCCAACUGCCUCCUCCAUUCAUCAGCUGGAAAAACCACUCUCCGAGAAAGACAGACAACGUGGAACAAUAAGGGGAUUUUUGGGAACCGCACCCAAUUCUUGAACGGCGUUGACAAACAUUGGACUCGUAUGACUGAUAUUACCUCGAGAAGGUACUCCCGCAAACACGGACUUGAAAGAAUAUUGCUAGAAUUAUUGCGAGGGUCGUCAACGCACUUUAAAACAACAAGGACUGCAACAUAUUAUCGAAGCCGGCUAUCCUCGCGUGAAAACACAAUUGGACGAAGCAAACCAAACUCGCCUCAGCGGAGCUGUGUCUGCCUGGCGUGUAGGGAAGCACAUGAAGAACUACUGUGCCAUUCCCCAUGUAGGCGGUUCAACGCUCGUUCUCUCAGAAUCCCGUGCUAAUAGGUUGCGGCCA